AUGAAGAACGGAACACUGAGUUUCUGUCCACCACAGGCGCUCCAGUGUGACCAGACGCUCAGUGACAUACAACAAAAUCUUACUGGUCCAGCUCAUUUAGAGAUGCUGGCGAGCAGCACUCAAAUUCUGACCUCCAACCCCGAAGAGCUAACGGCAGAAAAUGUUACAACUGCAGCUCAGAUUGCCAACACACUGCUGCUGUCUCCAAACGCCACAGAGACUGUCAGGGUGGCAGCAGUAGCUACAGUCAGCCAGCUGCUGAAUGCCAGCACGCCGGACGAUAGCCAGGAAAACAACGCUACUCUGGGCCUUACGGUGACCCUGGACCAGCUCUCUGUGAACCUCAGCCAAAGUCUCAACACGUCUCAGAGUCAAGUAGUCCAACCAAACCUGGUGGUCCAGUCGGCACAAAUCCCUGCUGCAGACACUCUGGGAGUCCAGUUCACCUCUCUCUCAGGAACGUCUGGCAGUUUUGUUGCUGACCGAAUUCAGCUGAACACCAACGUGUCAACAGUUGUGGUGGAAAACGGGUUCGUAGCCGACGCCCUCAUAUACAUAAGAUUCACACCAGAGGCUGUCAGUGGCCGUCAGAAGCCAUCAAACGUCUCGCUGGGUUUCGUCCUCUACCAGAACGACCGUUUCUUCAGGUCGAGGCGGUAUAGAAGGGGACGGGCCACCAUCAGGGUCCUGUCGGCCAGCGUUAGAGGUCAGGAGCGCAGCGUGGUGCCGCAACACGUGGAGAUGCUGUUCAGACCAACGAUGAUGAAUGGGACGUCUCUGUACGACUUCGCCUGUGUCUUCUGGGACUACAGUCUGCAGGACUGGAGCACCGACGGCUGCUCUAAAGGGAACGCUUCAGACGGAGUCCUGAGAUGUUUCUGCAACCACACCACCAACUUCGCUGCUCUCUGGUCCUUCAGAGAGAAAUAUCAAUAUGCAGAAGCACUGGAUGUGAUUUCUAUCGUUGGGCUUUCUUUUUCCAUUCUGGGUUUGGUUGUAACGAUCAUUCACCACAUUAAAGUGAACUUUCAGAAAAACUCUCGUGGGGUGCAGAACAACAAGGACUCCAAAAUCGCUCUGCUGUGCAUCUACCUCAGCCUGCUGGCCUUCAUCAUCACCUUCCUCUCUGGCGUUGGAAACUCAAGCACACAGAACGACGCUCAGGUGGAGGUCAACAGUCAGACCAACGUUAUCCCAGGGUCUGAUGAGCACGUGGAGCCGGACCAAGGCUCGUGCUCGGCGGUGGCGGCUCUGCUGCAGUUCUUCCUGUUAGCCACCUUCAUGUGGAACAGCGUGUACGGCACUCAGCUGGUGCUGCUGGUCCGGACGUUGCGCCGCAGUCUUCCUCCACACUGGACUAAACUCAGCCUCGCUGUGGGAUGGGGUGUCCCAGUAGUCGGAACAGCAAUCACACUGGGAGCCACCUACAGGGUUGACAAUCCUCUGGGAUACAGGCAGGAGGAAUUGUGGCUGCUGGCUCGCAGCUCUGGAUAA